AUGGCUCAUUCACCAAUUUUCCACGGGACUGCAAUGGAGUCCAGAAGACACAGUUUUGGCUACGUCCAUGCAGUUUGGCAACGACCUCGAGCUCUCUAUCUUCUCGGUGGAGGGUGGAUCUUGUUCGUGUGCUGGUUUGUGACAUCACUUGUUGGGUUGGACAAGCACAUUGCCCACAAUCGACCAUUUCUCAUCCGUAGUCAGGAUGUUGUUGAUACGUACUCGCAACAAGUUUUACUCAAGCUCCCAGCAGCGGAACCUGUACCGGUUUUCCAAGAUUUCACAGUUGAGGUGAAGCCGAGUCGAGAGGUUUUGCCGAUGAGCGAGGAGUUCUACACGAGCAACUUUAGUGAGACUGAUACGUCCACUACCAUCAUCUUCAACGUGUUCAAGGGCAGACCCAAGGCGUUAGCAGUGCAAUUAUUGAAGGCAUUAACGCAAAAGAACGUGUCACCGCCUGAAGUCUGGGUCAUGUGCUUUAACUCGCCCAUGGAGAAGAAAUACCGACACGUGGUUGAAGCCGUCAAACGCAAAUAUCCUGAUCUGGCUCACAAUGUCAAGUUUACAGUGUCCGAUUUCAACUACAAAUUCCACGGACGCUUCCUGCUGGCAUACAUGGCUACGACCAAGUACGUGCUGAUUGUCGACGAUGACAAGGCGAUCGAUGGAGACACUGUGAAAGACUAUCUCAAGUACAUGAAGAUCCAGAAAGGAGUGUGGGGUAAUAACGGACACCGUCGAGCAGCGACGUUCGAGGGUUACAAGAGCUGGCCUCGAAAUUUCUCGGGCGAGUCGUGGGCUGAGCAGGAUUAUCUCAGUGGAAUGUGGUUCCUGGAGCAAUCCUGGCUGGAAUAUUUCAUGAAGGAGCGUGUGCCAUCCUGGGCUACAUCGGAGGAUAUGCACCUUUCACAUGUCAUGCGCAAGUACCUUAACUUGAACACGUACGCGGGUCGAGUAGCGCUCGGGAAGACGCUUCCACGUAAACCCAAGGAGGUUCAGGCAACACAAGGAUCAGCACUGGAUCUUCGGGAAUAUAUCUUCGACCACGAGUUGGGACGUGGCAACAAAGUCGUUAGUGUCGAUCCCCCGAUCCAGACACUUGUGUACGCUGAAACUGUGGGUGAUAUCGAGGACUAUUUGGCGAAACUAGACGCGUGUCCAUCGAGUAAUAACAGCGUCCCGGUACAUGUCGGAGAUGCCAAUCGAACACAAGUUUCAGGGCCGUGGUGUGAGGGUGGAAAGACGGCUGCUGUGUUCCGCGGAGCUAAGGAACAAGAUGUCAACGGCCUCAUCGCAGCGGCUGAAAAGCUUUGUUCAAAGACCAAAUGUGAGUAUUUCAGCGUCAAGCCGCACAUUCGACAUGGUAUCCGAUACUUUAACAUGCGUGAAGGCUAUGGCCAAACCGUGGAGAUCCCGUUCCAGACAGGAGCGUCGGAUGUGCUGUUGUCACUGGUGGGAGUUCUGAACAAUGUGUUGCCCGAGACGUUGUUUGUGCCAGACGUGGAGUCGAUGUCGUGGCCGGAGACGGACGCUUCGAAGCGCAACCGGCUGCAGAUCUACCACCGCACGGUGCUUUUGGCUGUGGAUAUUCACCGGAACUCGAAGACGAACGGCAAGGUGAUAGAUGGUGAGGUGAAAGACGAGUGGCUUAUUACCGACGACUUCCCAACUGAGAUGGAGACUUUGAUAUGGCAGCGAGCCUCGACACAGGAUCCUGUUACUUACCCGUCAUAGCUUUGGA